GGAGAGCCAGGUCUUAAUGGAAUCCCAGGACGAGAUGGAGUAGAGGGUGAAAGAGGUGAAUGUGGAAUCCCAGGGAUAAAAGGAGACAGAGGUCCUGAAGGUCCAGUAGGUCCCAGAGGAACAAGAGGGCUCCAGGGUCCACAAGGACAAUCUGGAGAUCAAGGGCCUGAAGGCCUGCAAGGAUCAAAGGGUGAAAGAGGUCUCCCUGGGCCACCUGGCUUGCCUGGAGAGACUGGAAUAGGACUGCCAGGCCCAAAGGGUGACACCGGUUUGACAGGAAGACCCGGACCUGUUGGCCCACCUGGAGUUGGUGAGCCAGGACUUCUGGGGCCUCAAGGACCACAAGGUGUUCAAGGAGAAAGAGGUUCACCAGGAGAAGGGCUUCCAGGAACAAAGGGAGACCGUGGUUUUGAUGGACCAAAAGGCCCUCGUGGACUUCCAGGCAUCAGCAUAAAAGGUGAAAAGGGUGAAUUCGGUCCUCCUGGUUUACCUGGGCCAAUUGGAUUACCUGGAAUUGGAAUUCAAGGAGAGAAGGGAGUGGAGGGCCCAAAAGGACCACCCGGCUCUAGAGGGCUACCAGGGCAGGGACUACCUGGACCAAAGGGUGAACAAGGCUUGCCAGGAGAGACUGGAGUGCCAGGAGAAAGAGGUAUUGGAGAACCUGGUUCUAAGGGUGAGCCAGGCCCUUCAGGACUGGCAGGUCUGCCCGGUCUUCCAGGAGAAGAUGGAGCCCCUGGACAAAAGGGUGAACCAGGGUUACCUGGUCUUAGAGGUCCUGAAGGUGUUCCAGGGAUUGGAAUACAGGGGGAGAAGGGAGAUCAAGGUCAGAGAGGAAUACGUGGAUUAGCAGGACCAACAGGAGUGCCUGGACCUGCUGGAGCUAAAGGAGAGCCUGGUGUGCCAGGACGUCUUGGAAUGCCAGGCCCUCCUGGAAGAGCUGUGCCUGGACCAAAGGGUGACAUUGGGUUACCUGGUCUUGCUGGACCAAUUGGAGAACCAGGUUUUGGGCUUCCUGGGGCAAAGGUAGCACCUAAAUUGGGUGACCGAGGUCUUCCAGGACCCCCCGGGCCCUUUGGGCCAAAAGGAGAUGGCUAUCCUGGCCCACCUGGCUUGCCAGGCCUUCCUGGGAUUCCUGGUGAACCAGGCCCAGAUGGAGUCGGACUACCAGGACCUAAGGGUGAUCCCGGUAAUAGAGGACCAGUUGGUCUCCCAGGUCCCCCAGGAGAAGGCCUGCCAGGACCAAAAGGAACCAUAGGACGGCCAGGGCCACCUGGCUCUCUGGGACCUCCUGGUGAAGGUAUUCAAGGAAUUAAGGGGGAACAAGGAAUUCAAGGAAUGCCAGGACCACGAGGCCCCCCUGGGGAAGGGCUUUUGGGACAAAAGGGAGAUCGAGGAGCUACAGGUGAAAAGGGGAAAAAAGGAGAAAAAGGUGAUGUGGGUGACCCUGGUUUAUCUGGACAACCUGGCAAAACUGGACCUAAGGGAGAGCAAGGCCUAACAAGAGAAGAUAUAAUUAAAUUAAUUAAAGAGAUAUGUGGUUGUGGUAUUAAAUGUAAGGAAAUUCCGAUGGAGCUUGUAUUUGUGAUUGACAGCUCUGAGAGUGUGGGACCAGAAAACUUUGAGAUUAUCAAAGACUUUGUAACUGCUCUAGUAGACAGAGUAACCGUAGGCAGAAAUGCUACCAGAAUCGGCCUUGUGUUAUACAGUUUAGAGGUUCGGUUAGAAUUUGGUCUCAGCAAGUAUACAACUCAACAGGACGUUAAGCAAGCGAUUAGAAAAAUGCAGUACAUGGGAGAAGGCACUUACACAGGAACUGCUAUCCGUAAAGCAACCCAGGAAGGAUUUUUUGGUGCUCGAACAGGAGUGCGAAAAGUGGCUAUUGUGCUAACAGAUGGCCAAGCAGACAAGAGAGAAGCUGUCAAACUAGACAUCGUUGUUCGAGAGGCUCACGCGGCAAACAUCGAAAUGUAUGCAAUAGGAAUCGUAAAUACUUCAGAUCCAACACAGGUCGAGUUUGUGCGUGAACUAAACCUGAUUGCUUCAGAUCCAGACAGGGAACACAUGUACCUCAUAGAUGACUUCAAUACCCUUCCAGCUCUGGAGUCCAAAUUAGUCAACCAAUUUUGUGAAGACGAACAUGGUACCUUAAUCUACAACCGCUACAGAAACGGUGCAAGCAUAAGUGGACCAUCUUUCCAUUCAGUAUCUUCAGGUCCCUUAGAGCACGUACUUCAGAACAACAACGUUAACAGACAAUCACUUGCAGCGCAGACACCUGGAGUAUCUGCAGUCGAAAGUCCGCUGAGUCUUGGCGAUCCCCCUCAACCAUUAGCUCCGACCAAGGUACCUCCUGUGGUAGUAUAUGAAGCCUAUGAAGAAGAACACAAGAAGGAAGAACAGUCACCCUUGCUAACAGUAAACACUAGAGACAGUAUCCUGGACCCGCGAUGCAUUCUAAGGCUGGAUCAAGGGCCAUGCCGUGUUUAUGUCAUAAAAUGGUAUUAUGAUAAACAGGCAAAUGCUUGUGCUCAGUUUUGGUACGGUGGCUGUGAUGGAAAUGCAAACCGCUUUGAGAGUGAAGAGGAUUGUAGAGAGGCUUGUGUAUUUUUUUCUGGAG